UGCACCUGCGAAUCGAGCCAUAAUAGAAACAAAUGUGUCAAAGGGAAAGGGAAUUAAGUUAAUCUUCGUAGAACAGAUUGUCAUAAAUGUAGGGAGACGACACGAAGUGCUGUACGCCAUCGAGUGCAUUACGUUUACACUCAAAAGUCACAAGGAUAUCCGGGAAUUAUCGGUUGGAUCAGCGAUAGCGACCUUUGGGGAAGAUAUUGGGUCCCCCUUUCCCUUGUGCCACCCUACCCCUCCCGCCCCUCCUGAUCCUCUCUGACCUGUGCCUUGCACCGUCAUGAUGCGUGAGGGAGGGAAGUCAUGGAGCAAUGGCUCAGAAGCCUACAGCAGUGACCCAGAGGAGGAAGAGGAGGAGGAGAUGGUGUUUGGAGAGAACGAUGAGGAGAUGGAGGAGAUGAUGGACCUCAGUGACCUUCCGACUGCUCUGUUUGCCUGCAGUGUCCAUGAGGCUGUGUUUGAAGAGGACCUCCACCGGGAGCGAUUCGAAGCCCUGUUCAGGAUCUACGACGAGCAGACGUCCUUCCAGAUGUUCAAGAGCUUCCGUCGGGUUCGGAUCAGCUUCAGCACCCCAGAAGCAGCGGCCCGAGCACGCAUCGAGCUUCACGAGUCCGACUUCAACGGCAAGAAGCUGAAGUUGUACUUUGCCCAGGUGCAGAACUCUGGCGAGGACAUCGACAAAUCCUACCUGGCACCCCCGCAGCCCGUCAAGCAGUUCCUCAUCUCGCCCCCGGCGUCUCCGCCCGUGGGGUGGAGCCAGAGCGAAGAUGCCACGCCCGUCAUCAACUACGACCUGCUGUGCGCUGUUGCCAAGCUGGGCCCAGGUGAGAAGUACGAACUGCAUGCUGGGACGGAGUCGACACCCAGCGUGGUGGUGCACGUGUGCGAGAGCGAGACGGAGGACGACGAGACGGAGGCGCGGCCCAAGCAGAAAAUCGUGCAGACAAGACGCCCAGACGGGCCGCCCAAGGUGUUCAACUAAACCCGGCCGGCGCACCUUCUUCUUUCGGCCUGAGAAAGACACCCUUCAUUUCAGUUUCCAACAGAGAGAAAGAGAGAGAGAGAGAGGAGCUUUAGUGGUGGCGUUGGGCAAGCACAGGGGGCAGGCUGAUGCGGUCUGAAGGGGUGGGACCACACACGCACACACAUUGCACUGAGAGCAGGAGUCCGCCCCUGUCCUGUUAGGGGGUGCGACCCCACGGAGAAUGCAACACCAGUCUCAUUUCAAGCACUGUGGUUUCUCGUUUGCUUUGUAUUUUCAUACCCUCAUUGUUUUUAUAUUAUAAC